GGAAGUGGAUUUCGGCUCUUCCCGAGUCUUCCCGGUCCCGAUCCCGAUCCGAUCCCGAUCCGAUCCCGGUCUAGGUCUCGCUAUCUCCCGCAGUGCGGCCGUCAAAGGUUCAUCGGUACCUUGUAAAUAUUGUAAAUUGAAUCUUAAUUUGAGUGAAAAAUGUCUUCAGUGCUUCGCUGCAUUUGCUGCAGGUGGUCUUCAAUGAGAAUCUCUGGUCUGGUUUUUUCUUCAAACAAAACGAUGAAGGUGAUUCCCGUAGCGUCAUACACCCUUCAGUCUCGGACUGGUGUACAUCCGCAUCGAUGUUCCCUCCUCCAAAGCCAGCGAAGGCUGAGAAAUCCAGGCUUCAGCUCUUCAGCACCAGAUUCACCACCAAGCAGAGAAGGUGAUGCUGUCCACUUCACACCGUUGCAAUAUACAGAUUAUGACCAUGAGACAACAGAACUGCCUCGUCUGGAUGAUGAGUUGCAACCUUUCGUAUUCAACGAUGUCCCAUCGCAGUCUCCAUUUCAAGAUCUGUCUGAAGAAGAAGCUUUUCGCAUCGAAGUUAGUCCACUCCUCCCUCCGACCUCUUUCACCCUCCGCGACUAUGUCGACCGGUCGGAGACUCUAACCAAGCUGGUGCUUCUGGGUGUAGAUCUGUCUAAACUAGAACGGCGACCAAAUGUGGCCAACAUGCUGUUGCGGCUAGAUUUUGACAGGGAUGUGAAAGAGCGACUUCUGUUCCUGAAAGAUGUGGGAGUUGAAAAGGAUUUUCUCGGAGCUUUCCUGACUCGAAAUCCCUUCGUUCUAACCGAGAACAUAGAGAAUCUGCAAAAGAGAGUACAAUAUCUGCAAUCUCAGAAAUUCAACAAAGAAGCCAUUUCACGGAUGCUGUCAGCAGCUCCUUACUUGUUGAAUUUCAGUGUGGAAAGACUGGACAAUAGGCUGGGAUUCUACCAGAAAGAACUGCAGCUAAGUAAACAAAAGACACGUGACCUGGUCACUCGACUCCCCAAAUUGUUAACUAACAGCUUGGAGCCAGUGAAGGAAAAUCUUAAAGUGUGUCGGAUUGAACUGGGCUUUCGUGAUAAUGAAAUCCAGCACAUGGUCACUCGUGUCCCAAAGCUCCUCCUUGCCAGCAAGAGCAAGCUGACCAGACUCUUUGAUUACUUGCACAACACGAUGGGCAUUCCUCACCACCUGAUUACAAAAUUUCCUCAGGUUUUCAAUGCGAAGUUUCUGAGAGUGAAAGACAGACAUCUGUUUCUUGAACAUCUGGGUCGGGCCCAGUAUGACCCAUCUCAGCCUAACUACGUUUCACUGGAAAACCUGGCUGUACUGCCUGAUGACGUGUUCUGUGUGACAUUGGCAAAAGCUACAUUGCUAGACUUUGAGACUUUUCAAAAGAUGCUCUAAGUUCUUCUGUGUGAUUUCAAAAUACAUUGAUCUGCAUGAAAUUCAAGUUUCAUUGAAAGUUUUAUGGGCAAGUUUCAUUGCCAUUCAACCAUGUGUGAAUACAGCCAAGUGAAACAGUGUUACUUCAGGGCUAGGGUACAAAUCACAGAACACACACGUAUAAGUUAGCAGUAAGCAUAACAGACCCUCAAAUAUCUAUAUAAUUUACAUGUCCUGUAAAUUCAGAAUCAGAAUCCGGUUUUAUAUCACCGGCAUGUAAUGUGAAAUAUGUUAAUUUAGUAGCAGCAGUUCAAUGCAAUACAUAAUGUAGAAGAAGAAAAAACAAAAAAUUAAAUAAAUCUUAUUCAGUAUACUUUAUGCAGUAAAUAGAUUAAAAAUCAUGCAAAAAACAGAAAUACUAUAUAUAAAAAAUAUUAAUGGUACAUGGAUGUUAUUGGUAAGAGCAAGCAUUUCUCAACAGUCUGCAGACAAACACGUAUGCAGUCCACCGUCUCAUUCCACUUAGCAAACACAGGAGGGCAGCAUGGAUGGGGGUGAUGGUGGGGACAUGUGCGUUGCUCUGGAUUUCCAGCAUCUGCAGAAUCCCUUCUGUUUAUAAUUUCCCCUGUCACAUAUUUUCUCAUUCCUAACAACACAACUGACACGACUCUGGAGACCCUUCCUUCCGGUGACACAGUAGGAGCAAGUUACAGUGAUUGUUUAAGUUACCAAUUUACACGUCUUUGGGACGUGUGGAAAUCCAGGGGGUCACAGGAAGAACGUGCAGCCUCCACACAGACAGCACUAAGGCCCGGCUGCUGUGUGAGGCAGCGACUCCACAAUCUGCACCUGUACCUUCGCAAAAAAAUGCUGGUGAACGCAGCAGGCCAGGCAGCAUCUAUAGGAAGAGGUACAGGCGACGUUCAGAUUUCCUCGUGUUUGUGUCUGUACCUUCAACCUGUAUAAACAAGUUCAAGUCUAUUUCCAUUGGACUUUACAAAUAUAUAACCAAACGAAACAGCGUCCCUCUUCACCAUAGUGCACUCCUAAUGCAUAUAUAACACACUGUGGAACAAAAAAUUAUCAUAAAUAAGUUAAUAAAAUUUAAUUUAAAAGGCAUGUAAUGCUCAGUACAGGUAAACACUAAACAGCUCGCUGUCCUAGUGAUGAGACCUCGGUGGUGACAGGGUAUUCAUUAGUCUCACCGCCUGAGCCAAGAAGCCGUUCCCCAGUCUGGCAGUCCCAGUCCUAAUGCUCCUGCACCUCCUUCCAGACAGUAGUGGGACAGAGAGACUGUGGAAUGGGUGGUAGGGAUCCUCAAUAAUACUUCAGGCCCUUCGUCUACAACAUGUCACAGCUAGAGGGGCAGAGAGACCCCGGUGAUCCUCUCGGCAGUUUUUACUAUCUACUUCCAGAUUUGUAGUGUGCCCGGCCAUAAUGUCAGAUGUGUUUGAUAAUACUUUGGGAAGGAAAAAGUAAAUAUAAUUUUCAUCUGAAAACUCUGCUAGGAUUAUAGAUUUUUACUGCAGGUUACUACAUUGUGGAACCAAUAUACUCAGUGAAAUCAAUUAAACUUUCCUACAAUUAAUUAUUAAACACUUUCCACAUUUUUGCCAGUUUUAGAAAGAUCUUAUUGCUGAACAAGAGAUGAAUGCACCACAAUAUACAUAUUCAGUAAGACAUAGGAACAUUCUCUCUCUCUCUCUCUCUCUCUCUCUCUUUUUCUUUCUCUCUCUCUCUCUCCUCCCCCCCCCUUGCUCUCACUGUUUCUGGGACAAAUUAUACACUUCCCAAUCCCUGUUGAUGGGAGACAGGACAACAGAGAAUGUCUGGGGUGGGUGGGGUCUUUGAUUCAGCCGGCUGCUUUACUGAGUCGGGAAGUUCUGUUGUUUUGUUUUGUCUGCACGUUCAGUUUUUUCUUCAGCUUUUCUGACUUUCAAGUUUAGUGUACAGUCAGACGAUACACCUACAACCAAACAAAACAGCGUUCCUCUGGACCACGGUGCACCCACAAAACAUACCAUGCACAGUACAUAAAGCAAAAUAUUACUACAAACAAGUUAAUAAACUAUAAUUCAAAAUGCAUGUGAAACAGUGAAGAUCUCGCUGUCCUAGUGACGAGACCUCACUGGUGGCAGGGUAUUCAUUAGUUUUACAGCCUGAGGGAAGAAGCUGUUACCCAGUCUGACAGUCCCAAUCCCAAUGCCCCUGUACCUCCUUCCUGAUGGUCGUGGGUCAGAGAGAUUAUGGGAUGGGUGGUAAGGAUCCUCAAAAAUGCUUUGGGCUCUUCAUUUGCAAUGCACCCAGUAAAUGUCACAAAUAGGGGGAGGGGAGAGAGACCCCAGUGAUCCCAUCACCAGCUUUCACUAUCGAAUAUGAUAUGAAUGUGUUUUUCUGGUUAAUGUCUGUGUUUUGAGAUCAGAGGUUUUAUUUUAUUAAUAAAUUACUUUUGAAAUGUUUCACUUUCAAUUUAUUAUCAUCACUCUCACCCUCCACUGCUCCUGAUUGCUCAGAGUGUUUCUCCAAUAUCAGUUUUAAACUUUACAGCAGCAGUACAAUGUAAUACAUAAUAAAUAUAGAGAAAACAAGCUAAGUUACAGUGAGUAUAUAUAUAAAAUAACACUAUUCUUUGCAUUUCAGGUCAGAUGCUAAAUGCAUUUCAUUGGCUUUGUAUCUGUACUCGGCACAGUGACAAUAAAGCUGAAUCUAAUCUAAAUAGUUUAAUAAGUAGUGCAAAAACAGAACUGAGGAAGUAGUGAGGUGGUGUCCAUGGGUUCAAUGUCCAUUCAGACAUUGGAUGGCAGAGGGGAAGAAGCUGUUCCUGAAUCAUUGAGUGUGUGCCUUCAGAAUUCUGUAUCUCCUCCCUAAUGGUAACAUGAGAAGGGGGCAUGCCCUAUAAAUUGAUCAUGGGCGGUGACUUUAACUGUUGUCUCAAUCCUUCGAUUGAUAGGUCAUCAACCAA